CGGGGGGUAAGGAAAAGAAACGACCAGCAUGGAGCCGCUGCCGACUGUCCGCGUCUUCGAGAAUAUCCCGUCAACCGAGCAGAAGCAAGACCUUCCACUGGACCAGCCCAACAACGCGCAGGAUGGCGCUCAGCCGGAGGGUGCGGCGCCUCCAGAGAGACUCGUCGUUGAUCUGGAGGUGAGAAGGACACCGUUGGGGCGGCGACACGCUUGUUGAAAAUUCGUUUGUGUGUUCGCAAGGAUGACGAGGCAACGAGUGCCUGGGUCGCUGAGGGCACACAGCGCAAUUGCGGUCGGCGUGUCCCCGGCCCGCCGAUAGUGCUGGAUGAUUCUUCUGAUCUCGAAGACGCUCCUCCGCCCCGGACAACUCGGCCGUCCAACCGCCCUCAGGUGGAGCCAAACCACACCACAGACAGUACUGUUGGCUGCCAUCAUGCAUGGCAUGCUGUGAUGCUCCUGGUGCCACCAGCUCAUCCGCACGGUGGACGGCCAGUACUUCCUCGCGUCGAACCUUAUCCGCAUCUCACCGCCCUCAUCUGGUGGCACCCCUGCUGCUGCCGCUGCUGCUGAUGCUCCUGCACCCGCAGCCGCCCUGUCACCUGCUUCUGCUUCCCCACAACCGGAGAGAGGAGACGGCAAUCGCAAGCGCAAGGAGUCGCCGAGCGAGUCUGCUUCCUUGCCGCCAUCGAAAGGUCUGCGGUCGAUCAGCAACGUCAAGAGCCUUCUGCAGCAGAUGGAGUGCCCCGUGUGCUGGGAGAACUUCAGCAGCGAGGGGAGUGGCAGUGCACGGGACGCGGCGGGCGAGUCGGCGCGGGAGCGGGUGGACGAGGGGAUGAAUCGCGACAGCGGUCUGCGGACAUUUGGCGACAAGGUGGUGGACUUUUGUGUGCGGCGUUGGGUGCGGGAUGAUGGGGACGCGGAGCAGAGGCGACGGCGGGCGAGGCAGCUCGUGGCUGCUGUUUGCGGCCACAUCUUCUGCAGGGUGAGGGAGGGGAGAGGGGGAGAGAGAAGAGGGCACACAAACAGACGACACGGGGAGGGAGAGAGCAAUCCAUUUCGUAUGUGUGGCUUGGUGUGCGUGUGUGUGUCAGGGCUGCAUCGAGCGUCAGAUUCGCGUGAAGGGUCGGUGUCCCAUAUGUCGUGCUGCGCUGCAGCAGAGGGACAUACACCCCCUCUACCUCUGAGUGACCCUCACACCCAUCCCUGGCAAGAACUGCAUUAUCCAACCGACAGACAGACAGACAGACAGACAAGACAGUGAGAGGGGGAUCACAGGUGUCACGCGUGUGUCGAUUAGUCACGUGUCGUACAGUCACUGGCUUUGUCGCUGUCGUCGGGUGUUCGCGUCUGUCUCAUCAGUUGAGUAAUGAAUGAGCUGUGCCGUCUUUUUCCCUCCGUUCAUCGCUUUGCAGCUGAUGACACCACCCAGUUGAGUUCUGCGAGACUUAUCGCGGGUUACAUCACAGUGUGAGAGGAGGUGAACGGAGGAAUCGGUGAGUACACUUUCCGCGUGUGGCAGGAUAGUAGUUGUGUAGGAUGUGGAAAGUGACCGUAUACCACCCACCGAAGAGUGAAUUACG